AAUGUUGUUGAGAAUCUAUGGAUACUGGAACCCAUUUCUGACACAAAUUCACUCAGACAAGCAGCAGUUUGUAUCAGAGAGAGAUUUGACUGUGACAAUCCAAAAGUGCUCAUUGCUACAGGAGAAAAGACAACUGGUCCAGCAGAAUACAACGUUGGACAACAUGGAAUUCAACCCCAGAGAGAUUGAACCGCAGAUGAAUUUCUAUCUGAGUUCACUUGAAGAACAAGUGCGGUAUGAGCUGAAGGACAGCGAGGCGAGGCUCACCCAGAGUCAAUCUGAGGGAAGAGUUCACCUGAUCGUCAGAGAGGACUUGCUGGCCGAUGUCCUCGAUCAGCUCCAACAGCAGAGAGAGGGCAGCAGUUGGAGGCGUGAGAAAGAGCUGAUGCAGAGGGAGGUGAGUGACUUAAAAGUUCAGCUGGCUGAACGUGUCCCCUCCCCCCCCAGGGAAUCAGAGUUUCUGAAAUCCCAGCUGGGGAAAAUCAGCAACAGACUCAGAAAAGCCCAGAAAGAUCUGGAACUUCAGUACUUCAUUAGUGAAGACCUGAAGGUGGAAUUGGAGAAGACGAAGGGAGAGAAGGAGGCCCUUAACACUAACGUGGAGACCCUGAAGACAGAACUUGGAAAAGAGAGACAGAUGCUCAUGGGUUGGUAA